UUGAAAUCCAAUACGGAACGUGAAGCGGCCUUGUUCUCUGUUUACGCGUCACUUCCUUCCGCCGGGUUCCUUCCCGGCUUAGCUCGCCGGAAGUUGAAUUCCCAAAUUUCCCCUUUGAAAUUCGAUUCCAUUCAUUACCCAAUUCACCUUUUUCGUUGAUUUUCCCGUUUCGAUUCGUGGGUCUUUGCUAACUAACAAAAGGCUCACCGUCUUCGAACUUGGGAGUUCUUGGGCUAUAUCGGAAGGGGAAUUUUCCGGUUAUAAUCGCCUUCUUAGAUCUAUGGAGGAUCACAAUGAGGAAAACCAUGAUUUAGAAUUGCAAGAUGGCGAUGAACUUCAUCCAAUGAGAACUAACAGUGGAAAACGCGGAGCGUUUCUGGAUCUGUUUCAUCAUCUCAAUCGAGGCGGCAGCUUUUCUGGUCGUCGUCUCAAUUACAAGCGUCUUGAAACGGAGAAUCAUAGCGUUAAUUUCAACCCUUCUUCUGUUAAUAUUGUCGGUAGAAAUCGUACGGCUUCUUCUUCUUCUUCUUCAUCUUCAUCUUCUUCUUCCGAUCGUCACAACAAUUCGCAUUCUCUUCAAACCCCAACUGUAAUCGAUGGCGAAAUCGACGACAAUAUCGAUGAUUCUGCCCCUCCUGAAUGGGCUUUGCUCCUUAUUGCCUGUCUUCUUGGUCUCGCCACCGGUCUUUGCGUUGCAGCUUUUAACAUUGGGGUACAUGUAAUCCAUGAAUGGGCUUGGGCUGGCACUCCAAAUGAGGGUGCUGCUUGGCUUCGCUUACAGAGAAUGGCUGAUACAUGGCAUCGCAUUCUCUUGAUACCAGUAACUGGAGGUGUUAUAGUGGGUAUGAUGCAUGGUUUGCUUGAGAUACUCAGCCAAAUAAAACAGUCAAGUUCUUCCCAAAGGCAAGGAUUCGAUUUACUUUCUGGAAUUUUUCCUACGGUUAAAGCCAUUCAAGCAGCCAUCACUUUAGGUACUGGCUGUUCAUUGGGUCCUGAAGGGCCUAGUGUAGAUAUUGGGAAAUCAUGUGCCAAUGGAUUCUAUCUUAUGAUGGAAAACAACAGUGAAAAGAUAAAAAUAGCAUUUGUUGCAGCUGGUGCAGCAGCUGGAAUUGCUUCCGGCUUCAAUGCAGCUGUUGCUGGUAGCUUCUUUGCAAUCGAAACUGUAUUAAGGCCUCUACGUGCAGAAAAUUCACCUCCUUUUACAACUGCGAUGAUCAUAUUGGCAUCUGUUAUUUCUUCUACAGUCUCGAAUGUUUUACUUGGUGCACAGUCUGCUUUCACAGUACCUACUUAUGAUUUGAAAUCUGCUGCUGAACUUCCAUUGUACUUGAUAUUGGGAAUGCUAUGUGGCGUUGUGAGUGUAGCAGUUACACGUUUAGUUGCUUGGUUCGAUAAAUCAUUUGAAUUCAUCAAGGAAAGGUUUGGUCUUCCUCCUGUUGUCUGUCCUGCUUUAGGCGGUUUGGGAGCUGGAAUAAUUGCUCUCAAGUACCCAGGAAUACUUUAUUGGGGUUUUACAAACGUUGAAGAAAUCCUUCAUACUGGUAACCGUCCUUCAGCUCCUGGGAUUUGGUUAUUAACUCAGAUAGCAGCUGCAAAAGUCGUAGCUACUUCUCUGUGCAAAGGUUCCGGGCUCGUGGGUGGCCUUUAUGCACCCAGUCUAAUGAUUGGUGCAGCUGUCGGUGCUGUAUUUGGGGGCUCAGCUGUUGAACUUAUUAAUAUUGCAAUUCCUGGAAAUGCAGCUGUUGCACAGCCUCAAGCAUAUGCACUCGUUGGAAUGGCUGCUACGCUGGCCUCGGUCUGUUCAGUGCCCUUGACAUCCGUUCUACUUCUGUUUGAGCUGACAAAGGAUUAUAGGAUACUCCUUCCUCUCAUGGGGGCCGUAGGCUUGGCCAUAUGGGUUCCUUCCGUUACAAAACAGACCAAGGAAAUUGAAUCAUCCAAUAAGCGGGGUUUCGCUAGAGGUUAUACGCCUCUUUCACCUUCUGAACAUAAAGAUGGGGCAUCUUGGAGAUAUGAUAAUAUUGACAAUGGCUUGGAGCUCUCUGAGAUAGCAAAUCCAUCUGACCAUGAAUCUACUUAUGAUGAUAAUCUUCUCGAUGACCUAAAGGUUUCUCAAGCGAUGUCGAAGAACUAUCUGAAGGUUUCAUUUUCCAUAUAUUUGAAAGAUGCAUUAAAAUAUAUGAAAGAUAACCAGCAGAACUGUGCAUUAGUGGUCGAUGAUGAUGAUUUCCUCGAAGGGAUCUUGACAUAUGGUGACAUUAAACGAUAUUUCUUCAAGAAAUAUGGUGAUGCUUUGAAGGGUGAUUCCCUCAGUGUGGAUACCGGCCUUGUGUCCUCUAUUUACACUCGAGGGAUUAGGUACCGUGGGCGAGAACGAGGAAUUCUAACAUGCCACCCUGACACUGAUCUCGUAACUGCCAAGGAACUAAUGGAGGCUAAGGGUAUAAAGCAGUUGCCUGUUGUUAAGCGUAGUAAAGAAAGGAAGAAAAGAAUCGUAGCUGUUCUCCACUAUGAUUCAAUCUUUAGCUGUCUCAGAGAGGUCUUGAAUCAAAGGGAAACUGAGAAGGUUGUCCAGGAGAGUGUUGCAGAUGGUCAUUAAGAAGCUGCGCAACAUAUUCAGAGAUCAAAUGUUGAACUACAAUGAUCUGAUUUGGUCUUAAGAGAAGAGAUAUAAACUAUAUGGUGAGUAGAUUUGUUAUGCAAUAUUUUUCCAAGUAAUUUAGCAAAUUGUAUCAUAAUACACAGAUUAAUUUAGAAGCGGAGAUGAACCUUCAUAGUCUGAGGAGUCCAUUUGGUUUAUUAGGGUAUAUACGAGUCGUCAUACCUGUUCGGUUAGGUUUCAAUGUAGCUGGUUCAUUUUUUGUUCUCCUGAUAUGUAAGUUAUAGU